UUCCUUUAGGGCUUUCAUUUUCUUUUUUUUAAUUCGAUAAUUGUACGAUAUAUAUACUGCGUCUCCUAUUUUAUGUUCUAGGGUUUCCGCAGAAAGGAGGAACAACAGCAGCGGCUAGCGGAGUAGCAUCCAUGGUUCUCAAGACGGAACUCUGUCGUUUCAGUGGGGCCAAGAUAUACCCUGGGAAAGGCAUCAGAUUUAUUCGUUCUGAUUCUCAGGUUUUCCUCUUUGCCAACUCAAAAUGCAAGAGGUACUUCCACAAUCGUUUGAAGCCAUCGAAGCUGACCUGGACUGCCAUGUACAGAAAGCAACACAAGAAGGACAUUGCCCAAGAGGCUGUGAAGAAGAGAAGACGUACCACCAAGAAACUGUAAUUCAGGUCCAUUGUGGGUGCGACCUUGGAAGUUAUCCAAAAGAGAAGAGCUGAGAAACCAGAAGUUCGUGAUGCUGCUAGGGAAGCUGCUCUCCGUGAAAUUAAGGAACGGAUCAAAAAGACAAAGGACGAAAAGAAGGCAAAGAAGGCUGAAGUGAUGUCAAGGCAACAGAAGACGGGAAGCAAGGGUAACGCUCCUAAGGGCGCUACAGGUCCCAAAAUUGGUGGUGGUGGAGGGAAACGCUGAGGUAUUUUGACAGUUGGUUGCAGGUAUAGGGGCAGUAUGUUUUUAAUUUCGAAGGUUUCACCGGGUACUGUAAACGGAUUUUGCAUUUUUGUUAUUCUAUAUUGAUUACUUGUUGUGUUGAAUGGAUUUCUGGUUAUUUAAUGGAUCUUUGGCUUUACUAA